UUUUUCUGCCUCUGAUGAAGCAAUAGCGUGGAAAAGAAAAACAAAACCCACUCCUUUAAGAAAGAUUCCGCCUCCCCUCUGAAAAGGCAGAGCGCCUAAUGGUAAUUGUGGAGUCUCUAAGUCAUACACUUUACUACUCAGCAUUGAGAGAAGCUGCUGCUGCUGCUGCUGCUGUCCCAGCCUGCAGUGAGCUCCGGUGCAGCAGCCACACUGCAGGAUCCACACCUACGAGCUGCACAGACACAUCCACCACCCUGCAGCCGGGAAGCUCCGGAUCGUCGGCGAAGAAUAAGGGGAAUCCACGCACUUGAAACAUGAGUUCAGAUACCAGUGAAGGUGUGAUCACUACUCCUCCUCCUCCCAGCAUGCCUCACAAAGAGAGAUACUUUGAUCGAAUUAAUGAAAAUGACCCAGAAUACAUACGAGAGAGGAACAUGUCUCCUGAUCUACGACAAGACUUCAAUAUGAUGGAGCAGAGGAAACGAGUUACUCAGAUUCUUGAGAGUCCUGCCUUUCGGGAAGACUUGGAAAGCCUUAUUCAAGAACAGAUGAAGAAAGGCCACAACCCAACUGGAUUACUAGCAUUACAACAGAUUGCAGAUUACAUCAUGGCCAAUUCUUUCUCAGGCUUUUCUUCAUCUCCCCUCAGUCUUGGCAUGGUCACACCUAUCAAUGACCUUCAUGGUGCAGAUACAUCCUCCUAUGUGAAAGGAGAAAAACUUACUCGUUGUAAACUUGCCAGUCUGUACAGAAUUGCAGAUUUGUUUGGAUGGGCGCACCUGGCAAAUACAUAUAUUUCAGUAAGAAUAAGUAAAGAACAAGACCACAUUAUAAUAAUUCCCAGAGGCCUAUCUUUUUCUGAAGCCACAGCCUCCAAUUUGGUGAAAGUCAACAUAAUAGGAGAAGUGGUUGACCAGGGAAGUACUAAUUUGAAAGUUGACCAUACAGGAUUCAGUCCCCAUGCUGCAAUCUAUUCAACGCGUCCGGAUGUUAAAUGUGUGAUACACAUCCACACCCUUGCUACAGCAGCUGUGUCCUCGAUGAAGUGUGGAAUCCUCCCAAUUUCUCAGGAAUCCCUUAUUCUGGGAGAUGUGGCUUAUUAUGACUACCAAGGGUCACUUGAUGAGCAGGAGGAGAGAAUUCAACUGCAGAAAGUUCUGGGUCCAAGUUGUAAGGUGCUGGUACUCAGAAAUCAUGGAGUAGUAGCACUUGGAGAAACAGUUGAAGAAGCUUUUCAUUAUAUUUUUUGUGUACAGAUGGCCUGUGAGAUUCAGGUACGGGCAAUAGCAGGAGCAGGUGGAAUAGAUAAUCUUCUUAUAUUGGAUCUUCAGAAGUAUAAAGCUUGCACUCAUAAUAUCGCAGCAACUGGAGGAGGAGGUGUUAAUAUGGGUUCCCAUCAGAAGUGGAAGGUUGGCGAGAUUGAGUUUGAAGGACUGAUGAGGACUUUGGACAAUUUGGGGUACAGAACAGGCUAUGCUUAUAGGCAUCCUCUCAUUCGAGAGAAGCCCAGACACAAAAGUGAUGUGGAAAUCCCAGCAACUGUGACUGCUUUUUCCUUUGAAGAUGAUACAGUACCACUGUCUCCUCUCAAAUACAUGGCACAGAGACAGCAGCGUGAAAAAACGAGAUGGCUGAAUUCCCCAAAUACUUACAUGAAAGUGAAUGUGCCUGAGGAGUCUCGGAAUGGGGAAACAAGUCCCAGGACCAAAAUCACAUGGAUGAAAGCAGAGGACUCCUCUAAAGUUAGUAGUGGAACACCUAUCAAAAUUGAAGAUCCCAAUCAGUUUGUUCCUUUAAAUACAAACCCAAAUGAGGUUCUAGAAAAGAGAAAUAAGAUUCGGGAACAAAACAGGUAUGACUUGAAAACAGCAGGACCACAGUCUCAGUUGCUUGCCGGAAUUGUUGUGGAUAAACCUCCUUCUACUAUGCACUUUGAAGAUGAUGAUCAUGGCCCACCAGCUCCUCCUAACCCAUUCAGUCAUCUCACAGAAGGAGAACUUGAAGAAUAUAAGAAGACAAUCGAAAGGAAACAGCAAGGUCUGGAAGACGCUGAGCAGGAAUUACUCUCAGAUGACGCUUCAUCUGUUUCACAAAUUCAUUCUCAAACUCAGUCACCGCAAAAUGCCCCUGAAAAAUUUGAAGAAAACCAUGAGCUGUUUUCCAAGAGCUUCAUCUCCAUGGAUGUACCUGUCAUGGUAGUAAACGGCAAGGAUGACCUACAUGAUGUUGACGAUGAGCUUGCUAAGCGAGUGAGUAGAUUAACUACAAGCACGACCAUAGAGAACAUCGAAAUUACCAUUAAGUCACCAGAGAAGAUUGAGGAAGUUCUGUCACCCGAUGGUUCACCAUCAAAAUCACCAUCCAAGAAAAAGAAGAAAUUCCGCACUCCUUCUUUUCUGAAAAAGAACAAAAAAAAGGAGAAAGUUGAAGCCUAAAGUUUUUUUGUAAUUAUUAUUUUACAAUGUGACAUUGCACAUUUAAAUACAACAUUUAAGUUGAUCAUUAAUAUACAGUGGUAGAUCAGAUUUGGGGUAUGUAGCAAACUGGACUUCAAGAACUGGAAAGAGGUUUUACUAAAAGAAAAACAUGAAAAAAACUUUCAAAUUCAUCUCUUUUUAUAUUUCCAAAAUGGCUUUGAAUUUUAAAGCAUUUUCUAGUUUUAGUUAGCUCUAUCCUCAUAAAGUAUAAUAUAGUUCACCACUAACAGAUAUCUGUCUGAAUUACUUCAGGCCUUCUCCAUAAUAACUGCUGGAAAGAAAUUGCCAAUGAACAACUGAGAAUUAUUAUUUCUCAACACCUGCUUCACUUGGUAAUCAGAUUAUAAUUUUUUACCAUGAUUUUUGACUGUAUCCCGUGGGUCCCCAUUGUUUUAAUGGGUUAUUAACAGAAUGCUUUAAAAGCAUUUAAGUCAAGAAUCUAUAGCAUUAGUGUACACUGGCACAUAAUUUUUUAAAAAGUUUUAAGAAAAGAUUCGUUUGGAAUUUUAUUCAUAGUAUAAAAUUCCCUCACCUGAAUUAACUUUAUUUGCCAAGAAAAGUCAUUUAAUAAACUAUAAUUUUUGAGAACUUCCUUUUUUAAUUAGUUUAGAAAGCCCCUUAUUUUUCAAAGAGGGGAUUUUGUACACAUAACAUAGGUUAUUUAGUUUAACUCUGGCAAAAACAACUUUUGUAUGUUGAGAUGUUUGUAUACCAUUCAGUAUAAAAGUGUUAUGUGCAUAUUAGCCAAUCAUUAAAGAGUAGAGCAUAUUUGACGCUGCUUGGUACUGAGCAUACUUCAAUAGAAUUCAAGAAUCCAGGGAUUUAGUAUCAAAAGGGCAUAUCUAGCUUAAUAUUUGGACCUUACAAUGUAUUUUUCUCUUAGUAUUGCUAAUGAAUGAAGAACAUCUCAUAAUGAAAAGGAAAAGAAUGAAAGGGAAAGAGAGUAAUUAAGGCAACAAAAGAUGAGAUGUGAGAAGAAUUCUAGUUUGAUACAAUAGGAUAUGUAGUGUGACUUACUGAAAGCACAUCCCAGAUUUCUAAAAUCCUGCUUAUCUGCCAAAACUAGUGCUUUAGUUGUUAUUUGAGUUUCAAGAGGGUCACCUCCUUCUAUUUGUGUAUUUUUACAAGUCAGCACUAAAAAAAAAAAAUCAGAAUGUCAAUCCCACCAAGUGAGAAAACUACCACUUCUUGAUUCUUAUGAAGUUUUCUUUUUCUUUUAACUUUUUUCCUAAUGUAAAUACAAAUUUAAACCUAGACUUAAAAUAGUUAUUUUCCCUUUUCCCAAGUGAUGUCAUAAAUCAAUGUAAAAUCGAUGAUCCGAAAUGGUCAGUGGGUAAAUCCAAAGUGUUCUGGACAGUGAGUUGGCAUGCAAAACUUACAUUAAUUGUAGUGUAUUCCAGGCUGGGUCUGUUUGACUGUGUACAUAUGAUGCAGAGUUGAAACAGAUCCUGGAAACGUCGGUCUAGAUCUCACUAACUACUGCAAUCUGUGUUUUAUUCUCUUAGUGGAAACUUUCAGUUGCUUAACUGUGUAUUUGAGGAUUGCUUUGUAUUGUACAUCAUUUAUGUUGUAUUACAAUGUAUGAAGAAACAGUAACCUGUGAACUAUGCUUUUCCAUAACUUUUAAAAUAUAUAUAUAUCUUAAAUGAAUGCAAUGUGCAUAAAUAUUUUUUAAAUGCAACAGUAAACUAUUGCACCUUUUGCUAAUGCCUCUAUUUACUUGCUUUGGCAUAAUGAAUGAGCCAAUGAACCUUUGUGUCCUGUGGAAAAAGAAAUGUAUAAAUGUUAUCAGAUAUUGCUCUUAGAUGUUAUGCUAAUUAAUGUUAAAUCACAAAUAAACAGUAUUUUAAAUAUA